UUAAGAAAUUUGGCGCCAAAUGGACCUACCAGCUGACAGAAACCAUGAUGAAGAGAAAUGUGUUUGUACAAUGUCCUGGCUGUGUUUUUCUUUCCUUUGUAAACGGGAAAGGGGGAAAGCCUAACAACGCAGCAAUGCACCCGCCAUAAAAUGUAGAACUGGGAAGGAGAGGCCAUGUUUAAGAAACAUGUUCUUCUGGCGUACACGGACUUACAAGCUGCUGGGAGUCGUGCCUUGUUGGGGCUGGACCCUGAGCACCACAAGUACGAGUACCGAACCCUGCCUGUACCAGAGGUCCCUGGUUUGAAGCCCGCUUGUGUGAGAGGGAGACCGUGUGCCCCCGCAGAACAAGAGUUUCAGCCACUCCAGAUCCUCAACUGCAAGUACGAAGAGUUUUCAGUGGUUGUGGUGAACGCCGUGGUGGGAGGGGGCGUGUGCCACCAUGUGGUGAGCCGACUCCUGGACGAGUGUCUGAGGAGCGGAGUGGAGAAGAUAACGGCCGUGGCGGCGCUGCACUUCCCACACCCAGGGGAACUGCUGUAUGAGACCAGCUUCUUCACACAGCCAGUGACCUCUGCCCCUGCCCUCCCUGAUGACCUGCAGGUCAGUGACCCCAUCCUGAACCUCCUGGUGCAGUUCCUCCUAGUUGACUCCCUCCCCACAACCUUCCUGGUGGUUCCAGGUCACAAGGCCACGGCAGGGGCAGCCACUGUUGCAGAUGGGUCCCUGGCUAACAUCUCAUUGCUCCAAGACACACUGACGAGCAUCACAGGCCUGCGGUUCAGUGGAGACAUCAGCUGUUCUCUGUUGUACAAGGGAACCAACAAUCCCCAAGAAGUUAUGGUCGACCUCAUCUACAUGUAGCAGCGCCCCCAUCCUGUUUGCUGAAGAAGUGCAGCUGGUAACACUAUACAGUGCUUUGAUUUAAGCUAUUAGGCUGUAUACAGUGUUCUGAAUACAUUUAUUCAAAUCCUAUUUUAAAAGAUUGACAUUUUGUGAGCAUAAUUUUAUGACAAAUAGAUGAAACUACAUCUUUUACAUUUUGCAAUGGCGACAAGAAACUACUUGACAUAUUUGUGGAAACUGGCUUCAACAACUUAAGAGCCCUUACAGACCAACACAAAUACCACUUCAGAGUGCUCAGCAACUCGAACACUUUUAGCUCUGCAAACAGGUCAAACACUUUGUUAAGACUAGCACAGAGAAAAGUGUUGGAGUCAAUCGAUCAGGGUGGCAUGGUUUUCAGUAUCAUCAUUUAGUUGGUGUUUGUUGUCUGGGAUAAGUCCACCCUCUCUACCCUAGCCGGGUAACCAUGCUAUCGGGUGCUCACCGUUAUCUCUAUGAUGCUGUGAUUGUAGCCAGCCUGUCCAGUUAAUUAGCGCAGGACGGGGGAAUUUUUACGUGGUUGGAUUAGGUUUCCUCGUGCCAUACAUAUAAGAGAUAAUACAUGUAAGAUCUCUUAGUUCUUGAGACUCUUUAUGCAAUUAGCCAACGGGCAUGAUUUUUUAGAUAAACAACUCUCUAUAAUACAUAUAUAAAAAACACUACAGUAACAGUCAAAUAUGCAAUGAGUGUGCUGACACUGAAUACAAUAUAGUGAGUAAUCUCUUUGGUGACAUCUUUGUUUUCUGCUUACAGAAAACGUACAGACUCUUUGCUGACAAAGAAUCACAAUGAGUGCACUUCCACAAAAUGUGCUGUUUGUUAAUGUACAGUAUUUUUAGUAUACAGGAUAAACAUUACUAUUGAACUUGAGCCUGUGUUUACACAAUCUCUCGCUGGCUGGGGUUGAUGACCCCCUCCCCUAGGGUGGCUGCAAUUGUACAGCCGGCCACCAGGGGUGCGAUUUUAGUCAGGCUACUAUUGAACUUAAGUUUAACUGUAAUAUCCAACUCAAGAGUUUUUGACUGAACAUCACCAGUCUUUGUCAAGGAAUGAACAAUCCACUGCUGUCGUGACGUCACAUUAUGCAGCUAGAACACGUGACUAAGUAAGCAGUGGAUCAUAGGUUGCAGGAAGUCUAUGGCGCCUCUGUUCAGUCUGUCUCUGUUCUGGGAUGGUUGUAAAGCUCUGUUCAGUUGAAAAUUUGGGUGAGUUCAAUGCUUGUGUUGGAUUUUACAGUUAAACUAGUUCAAUAAUGACUUCUACUAACACAGAUGAACUUUCAAGACAUUACUGCCAAACAUAUGAGUAUUGGUCCGGUAUUCAAGUAUUGCUGAGCAUCUUAACACUUACUACAAGUGACUUCUGAAAACUCAGUAUAAGUCUCACAACUUUGGCAACAUCGUAUUAGUUUUCUGCUUACUGGAGACAUAAUAAACAGCAUUUAGCCUCUUGUUUGGACAGAUUUCAAUAGAUACUACUUUACUUAUUUGUCUUCUUUGUCCCUGGAGAGAACAUCAAACUCUACUUUUGCAAAAACACCUACAGUGCGCUUGAGGUCAAACAUCGAUUGUCCAGUCGUUAUAUCACGGGUUGGAGGGGCAGAUACACCAGGCGUUCCAAGAUGCUGGCGCCCAAUUGCACAUCCGCAUGCCUUUCCGAUCCCAACAACCUUUCCUGUAAAAUGGUGCAGGAAUCCGUCAAUAGUUUUGCCAGGUUGGUGAUACUCAUUUAGUAAAGAUUUCACCAGCAAAACUGUCAAUACCAAUUUUCAGUGGGCUGUCUGUCAUAGACUACUUUAGUAUACAGGCUCCACAGGUAGCUGGAAAAAUAGUAGAAAUUGGCAAAAUCGACAGAUAAAAUGCCAGAGGUGUUAGCUGACCUAGACAAACUGUAUCCCUAGCUACAUUGUAGCUAACUCAUCUGGCAAGUUAUCUGACUAUUUGGACAGUUUCUACUUUUAUUCCAGCGACCUGUGGAGCCUGGUAUACUAUUUCUGCCACCUUCCAAAGGACUGAUUGAGCUGAAU